CCCAAAAAACUCAUUUUUAAAAAUAACACCAAUAAUUUCCCUUCCCAAAGAGUUAAAAAAAAUCGCUCAAACCCCAUGAUCAUCGCCAUCCUCCUCCUCCUCCUCACGAUGUCAAUAAUCAGUUGCUCGAGCCACCGUCGCGGCAUGACUCCCCGUGGCUCCGUCCGUCUAUAACCCCUCAAAAGCCCAGAAAACCGAGUAAAAAAAUGUUAACCCGGAGUGCAGUCCUGCGUUCCCAGCUUCCGCAGUUGUCGCGCGCCCUGAUCCCCAGCCGCCGCUGCUCAGCCGAGCUGAACCCAAAGGUAUCAGUGCGCCACCAUGAAGUGAGGUUAUCCGCGCCGAAGGAGAAGCAGGAGCAGCGGCUGCCCUUCGCCAAGAACUUCUUCGUCGGCAAAUUCGACCCGGAGUUCGCGGCAUUUCCGGUGCCGCAGACAACCCCCCGUCACGGCGAGUUUUUCGAAUGGCUGAAGCCGAUCGAGAACUACGUCAGCACCCUGGACAUCGGGCGAAUAGACUCGGCGAGUCAAAUCCCCCAGGAGGUGCUGGAUAACCUGAAGGACCUCGGGGUGUUCCGGGCGACAGUCCCCGCCGAGUACAGAGGACUGGGCCUGAACACCUCGGAGUUCGCCAAGCUCGUGGAGACGCUGUCAGCGAUCCCGGUCCUGGGGACGUACCUCGUGAAGAAGCGGACGGCUGUGGACUUCAUCGCGGGGCACGCCUCCGACGCCCAGAAAGCCCUCUACCUCCCGAGGAUAGCCAGCGGGGAACUCUCCCCCACGAUAUGCAUCACUGAGGACGACGAGGGCGCCUCGGACACCACCAUCUCCACUCACGCCAAAUUCUCCGACUGCGAGCAGUACUUCGUCCUGAAUGGGAAGAAGACCUUCGUCUUCGACGCGAGACGGGCAAAUCUUUUUAUCGUUGUGAGCGAGUGCAACGAGACGGGCACGGGCCCCAGGCCGGUCGACACGACCUCGGCCUUCCUCGUGGAAAGAUCGGCCGAAGGCAUAACAGUGUCCCCCCCAGCGGACACCGUAGGCCUCCGGGGUCUAGACCUCUGCGCCGUAGCCUUCAACGACAUGAAAAUCCCCCGGGAAAAUCUGCUCGGCUCGAUCGGCGAGGCCAGCAGGAGCUUCUCAAAGCUCUUCGGCGAGGGCAGGCAGUACCUCGGUGGUCAGGCCAUCGGGAUCACCCGUAAAUUCGUCCAACUCAUGAUCCAACACUUCAAAGCCAACAAGGACUUCAACGCCCUCAAGUUCAAGAACCAGGUCCUCCAGGACGUCAUCGGGAAGACCUGCGGCGCCAUCUACGGAAUGGAGAGCGUCGUCUACCUGACCUGCGGCAUGAUGGACAACUUCGAGGAGCAGGAUUGCGACAUGGAGAAGUGCAUGGUGGAGACCUUCUGCGCUGAGGAGUGCCUCCAGAACAUAAUCACAGGUCUUCAGCUGGUUGGAGUGAGCUCUCUCGUGAGGGAUCAGCUGUUCCAGCAGUUCUUCAGGGACGCUGUCGCCCUGAUGUCGGUGGAGGGGACUGUUCUCAAUACCAAAGUCUUCGUGGCGAUGCUGGGGCUUCAGCACACCGGGGACAUCGUCACCGACAAGGUCAAGAUCCACAGGACCCCCUGGAACCACCCGACGUACGUCCUGAAGAAGGUCUUCGGGUACCAGCACACGAGCAAGCUCUAUAUAUCCGAUAAUCUUCAUCCCUCUUUGAAGACGACGGCUGAGACCCUGGAGUACGGCAUCGGAAGGCUCAAGGAGUGCGUCGAGAAAGUCGCCAUUCAGUAUGGCAGGGAGAUCUUCGAGAAGCCAGCGACCCACAAGAGAAUCGCGGAGUUCGCCUCUUGCCUCUACGUCAUCUCGGCGACCCUCGCCAGGACCAACAGGUCCUACUGCCUCGGCAUGAGGGACGCCGAUAAGGAGGUGUACCUCACACAGAUUUAUGGGUAUAUCCUUUACGAGAGGAUCAAGAGACUCGCGGACCAACUGGAGGACUCGGAGUGGAUCAAUGGGGAUUAUAUCAUUCAGGAGAUAUCCGAUAGGGCGUUUGAGAAGAAUGGGUACUUCCUCGAACAUCCGUUGGCGAGGAACUUCUCGUAGAGGGGAAUGGGGUGGAGGUGUCUGGAAAUGAUGAUGAUGAUGAUGAUCAGUUGUAUAGAAUAGAUAAGACUGUACAAAUUUAAGUUUUUAAGGAUUAAAUGUCGAUUAAAUAUUGAUCGCUUUUUCUUCAUUGCACUGCGCUUUCAUGCGCUGAUUUUCGGGCGAAACUACAUGAAUGUGACUUAGUUCAAUUUAUUAUUUUGGCUUUUUGGGGCUCACAUACCGAAGACAUUGAAGAAGGGAAUUUAUGUAGCGUUCCACGUCUUUGUGACGUCGUAGGAAAUGAUUAAAUGGAUUGGAUUCAUGCGUUCUUGAAUUUAAUAAUUAUAUAUAAUAGUAGGGAGGUCCCUUACAACUACCUGAACAUUCUUAAUUAUUUCGUGAGGUGUCUCAAGAAAUUUGAAUUCAAAUUAGCUACCUAGGCCACCCAGAAAUUAAAGUCACGAAUUUUUAGUUUCACCGUUUUUCCUGGGAUUCUUCAUUUUUGAGGUUUUUGCUUUGAAAUCGCGAUGUCAGAGACUUGUAAAAAAACUUCUCACAAAAAUUUCGAUACAUUUCGAUAGAUUCUCGAUUAUUUAUUCAAUAAAUGAGUAAAUGACAACACUGGA